AUGAACUUACAUCACAUCUCCUUCACGAGCCUCGGCUUAGUGGUACUCGACGAGAUCCGCCUUCCCAAUAGGAAAGCAUUGACUGACAUUCUGGGUGGUUCUGGCGCUUACGCGACACUCGGUGCCCGGCUGUUUCUUCCUCAUCCACAAAGCAAUUCCUUAGGCUGGAUGGUCCAUGUUGGAAAUGACUUUCCGAAGCCCAUCGAAGACCGUUUGCAAAGCUGGGAUGUAACAUUGGUCAUAGAAAGGGAAUCAAACCAAGCUUCGACUAGAGGGUUACUUGAAUACAAAGAUUCUACAUUUGGACCCAAGAAGUUCAAAUACACAACGCCCAUCCUCGCAAUUCAGGAUAGCAGCUUGAAGAACACACCACUCCUAACAUCCAGGGCAUAUCACUAUCUUGAAACGCCUCAAAAUAUUACGAUCCGUCUCUCCAGUCUCCUUGUGCUUAGGGAAAAGUCAGGCGUACCAGAACGCCCACUCAUUAUCUGGGAACCUGCCCCAUUCUCGUGUACAGCGGAAAAUUUGCAAAGCUGCCUAGACGCCGUAUGUAUGGUCGAUGUGUUCUCCCCAAAUCACCUAGAAUUAGCCGCACUAUUUGGCCAAUCGCGACCAGCCGUUGCAGACAAGGAUAAGAUCGAGGCCCAGGCACUGCGGUUCUUGGACAGCGGCGUGGGCCGUGACGGAAAGGGUACAGUAAUUGUCCGAGCCGGUGAGCAUGGCUGUCUCGUUAUAGCUCGCGAUACGUCUCCUAUCUGGCUACCGCCGUUCUAUCGAUCUAGACCUGGAGAUACCCCGCACGCUAAGGUAGUCGAUCCCACUGGCGCCGGUAAUGCAUUUCUUGGGGCAUUUGCUGCCGGGUAUCUGCAGACAGGAUGUAUCGUUGAGGCAGCUUGCUAUGGCUCCGUUGGAGCCUCUUUUGCGGUGGAGCAGGUGGGUAUGCCGGAGAAAAUUAGCGAUAGAGGGGAGGAACUGUGGAACGGUGCCAACGUGCUCUCGAGAUUGCAUGAGUAUCGGAAGACUAUCUGA